AUGGCAGAGAGGAAUCACACUGUCGUGACCGAGUUCGUCUUGCUGGGAUUCACACAAAACCCAAAGCUGCAAGUCGUCCUCCUUGUCAUAUUUCUGUUCAUCUACCUGCUGACCCUUGUGGGGAACCUCACCUUGGCCACCUUAAUCAAGAUGGACUCCCGGCUUCACACCCCCAUGUACUUUUUCAUCAGCAACCUGGCCCUCCUAGAUGUCAGUUACACCACAAUUCUCACAUCCAGCACGCUGAUGACUUUACAGGCUGCGAGGAAAGCCAUUUUGUUCACUGAGUGUGCUCUCCAGUUCUUCUUCUUAUGCAUCGCAUUGACCUGUGAAUGCUACCUCUUGGGGGUCAUGGCCUACGAUCGCUUCAUGGCCAUCUGCAACCCACUGCUCUACACUGUCAUCAUGUCCACACGAUUCUGCAUGACACUGGUGCUGGGGUCAUACCUAGUGAGCUGCCUGAAUGCAGUCGUUCAAACUAUCUUUAUAUUCCGGUUGUCCUUCUGCCACUCCAAUGUCAUCAAUCACUUCUUCUGUGACGUGCCCCCUCUCCUGAAGCUGUCCUGCUCGGACACCCGCACCACAGAACUUGUACAUUUCACCUGUACCGCUGUGGUGGUAACAUCGACUCUCUUGAUCAUCCUUGUCUCCUAUAUAUACAUUGUGGUUGCCAUCCUCAAGAUCAACUCCUCCAAGGGCCAACGCAAAGCUUUCUCUACCUGCACCUCCCACCUAGCAGCCAUCUUCAUUUUCUACGGAACAGGCUCUUUCAUGUAUUUGCGGCCCAGUUCAAAGUACCUCAUGGACUAUGACAAAAUCAUCUCUUUGUUUUAUACCUAUGUGAUCCCCAUGCUGAACCCCCUGAUCUACAGCAUGAGGAACAAGGAAGUGAAAGAGGCCUUUACAAGGAUGUUAGGUCGGAAGAUGUGUUCGUGGUGA